CGCGUGCUCGCGGCGCUCGCGCAUCCCCCUCCUCCGAGGACCAGAGCCGAGUUUGUUCACCUGCCGAGCCGCGCGCUUUGAGGAAAACGCCGGUUUGUGUGCGCGCGCGCGCCUCUGUUCGGGUAUAAACAUGGCUUUGUGCGCGCGGAGACGAUGCUGAUACGCAGGGCGGCGUCCGUUACUUUCUUCACAGCGCCAUGAGGGAGAAAACCGUCGCGCGCCUCCUCGCGCUGCUGCCGCUGCUGCUCUGCUUUGUGCUCUCGUCGUUUCCGGUGAGCUCGCGCGCCGCGCGCUCCUCCUCUCCGCUCUCGGACCUCAAGAACAAGAUCAGCGGCGUGGAGGAGCUGCUCGAGGAGUUCCGCCAGCAGCUGCAGCACGAGGAGCAGCCGUACGCGCGAGCGGGGCAGCAGCAGCAGCAGGAGGAGGAGGAGGAGGAAAGGGACGAUGAAGAGCAGCAGGCCGGAGGAGGCACGUGCCUCGGCCACUUCGACGCCGCGGAGUCGCGCAUCAUCCGCGCGGCCGCGUCCAUCGAGCGCGGCGCCACCUUCCUGUCUGCGCCGAGCGGCGCCAGCGGCCCGGCUGACUGUCUGCGCGCGUGUUGUGCCGAGCCGCGCUGCACCGUGGCCGUGGUGGUGCGCGAGGAGCGCGCGGCGCUGCGCGACGGGCCCCGCUGCUACCUCUUCAACUGUACGUACCGCGGCGCGAGCGUGUGUGCGUUCUCGCCGCAGCGCGGCUUCACCGCCUACAGCCGCAACGGCACCGCUGCCGCGCUGAGGAGGCCCGCGGAGGAGAACGAGGAGGAGGACGCAGGCGGAGAGGCGUGGAUGAGGGAGCUGGACGAACCCCCUCGUAGCGAUGCUGGACAGGAUGUGGUGGUCCAGCUGCCUACAGACUGGGCCAUACUGGACGGCAGGGACAGCAUUGAUGACCAUGGCAUCAUGCGAUAUGAAUGGGCACUCGUUAAGGGAGAUUCCUCCGUCAACAUGAAGGUGACUCACCCAGGUCUGCUGAAGCUGAGCGGACUCAGAGAGGGCGUCUACACCUUCCAGAUGACCGUCACUGACGCCAUCGGGCAGAGGAGUUCGGAUAACGUCUCUGUCACUGUACUGGCUCCUGAACAUCAUGCAGAAGUAUGUACUCGUCAUUGCUCACGGUAUCAGUUCAUGUGUGACGACGGCUGCUGUAUCGACAUUAGUUAUGCAUGCGAUGGCAAGCAGCAGUGUCCUGACCGCUCAGAUGAAGACUUCUGCAGGAACUUUGAUGGAGGUCGUAAGGCCGUGACGCAUGCGUCGAGCUCUCCCGUUCAGAUUGGAGAAGCACGAGAAUCAGAGGGCCGAGCCAUGAUCCCUGCAGAACCAGGCAAUACAGAGGCCCCUGUCCAGACCAAACAGCAAAAGCCUUCAGUCAGCAAAGGUCCCUGUAUGGAGCCCCCCGUGGUUGGCCCAUGUAGAGGUGUUUUCCCACGCUGGUAUUAUGACCCUGCAGCCAAAGAGUGCAAGCAUUUCUUGUAUGGGGGCUGCAAAGGAAACCGUAACAACUUCCUGCAGCAGGUGGACUGCAUGACUGAGUGCAUCCAGAAACCUGCUCCAGUAGAUCGGCAAGCCACUGCGGCUCCUCCCACCACACAGACAAAUACAGCCACCAAGCCCCCCAGCUCUGAAGCCAAACCUCAGAAUUCUGCAUCAGUUCCUCAGAACCCUCAACCAGUAGCUAAAGUUCAUACAGUCCUGGGGGGACAGCCGCCCCCUGAGUCAGGUGCGAUCCUGCCGCUGGUUCUGGGGGUGAUUAUCAGUGCUCUGCUGUUGCUGAUGGUGGCCUGCAGACUGCGUCUGGUGCGCCACAGGAUGAAGAAAGCUCGGCCGCUCACCACAGAGGAGUCCGAUUACCUCAUUAACGGCAUGUACCUGUAGCAGAACACACGCCUGUCCAUCAAACCCAUACAUACAGCUGAUGCAGUGUGCAUUUCUGAGUGUGGAGGGAUACUGAACAGCUGUAUUUGAAAACAUUGAAUAUCACUGAUAUAUAAUACUGUCCAAAAUCUUACACAUUGAUUCAAAUAUCAGUCUGAUAUUGUUUUGAUUUUGGUUGAUCAGAAAAGGUCAUCUUGGACAAUGCACAAAGGCAAAACAUGGAAUGAAAAGGAAGAAUCGUUUUGUACUUUUCGUUUUAGUUUCUCACCAUAAAUUUAAACGGUAUGCAGGUUGGUAACUCGGUCAAGUAUUUGGGUUGGAUUUGAAGAUGUGGUCACAUUAAAAACAUUCCAUCGCUCAAGAGAAAAGAGAUGUCUAUUUUGCGUAGUUAACUACAGGCUAGUUUGUUCUCAAGUUCAAAGAAAGCAGAAAUCCAAAUAAGAGUUAAAGAGGAAUUCCAUUGAUUUUUUUCAACAUUGCUAUAGAACUCAUGGUAACACUUCACUGUAGGGUGCUGGUCAUAAGGCUUUAUGACAUAUUUACACAAGCUUGUUGUGACAACUGACAUAACCCUACAUAAAUGUUUAUUAGUGCUUGUUCCAUAGGGCGUCAUUUGCUAUAAAUGUUACAUUUGCUACUUUUGAUCAAAAUUAGCUAAAGUAGUCUUUAUGACAGAUGACACCUAUUGAAAUAAGCAUUUAUAAGCAUUUAUGAAGGGUUUUGUCAGUUGUAUGUAGGCGUCAUGCAGCCUUAUAAACAGUACCCUACAGUAAAGUGUAGAUAAGAUGUAAACAAGGUCAUUCAGACUGGUUUGGUGUAAAAUUGUAGACUUAUUUCUUCUGCAACACCAAAUAUAGCCAUUAUUUAGUAUCCAAAAUAACCAGAUAACUCAAAAGACAGGUGUAUGUUUUUAUAUGGACUACUGAUAAUUGUAAAGUGGUGAUAAAUCUGGAAGUCUGGAUACUUUUGGGGGAUUAUUUCCCUGCAUGUAUCUCUCCAUCAUGAAAGGGUUUCACAGAAUACGUUUUAGGCCAAAACUUUAUUUUAAAACUACCAUAAAAGAACAUUUUGAAUGUCAGACAACAUAUUCAUAACCAUUUCAUGUAAGAGCUUUCUGUGAGGGAGCUUUUAGAGACUUUACAGCCUUCAGAACAUGAACGAUUCUGACUUUCUCUAGAACGAACCACAUUACAUCUAACUGAUCUGAAUAAUCUACUGAAUUAUUCAAAAUCCAGGUGUGGAGACAUGCAGCAGAUUGUAUUGUCUUGGAGUUAGUUGUUGGUUUCUCAGAAGAUCUUCUCUCAUUUUCAUUGUAAGAUCUUAGCAAUGUUAUUUCUUUGUGUCAGUGACGUAAUUUAGAUUUUCUUGCUGUUUCAGUUUGCACCAUUGGGGGGCACUGGAGAGCUGCUCUUAGAUCUGACUCCCUGAAUCUUGUUUGAAAAAUGAGUUAUGAUUUUUACCUUUCAUGCUUUAUUUCCAGAAUCGAACACACAAUAAAGUUAACAUCUUCCUGAUGAAAAUACCACUUUCAAACAAAAUAUUGUACUACUUUGUGAAGUUUCUGCCGUCCAGGCAACGUGUGACCUGCACUCCUGGGUCUGUAACACAUCUCUAAACAGUAACACCAGAAACACUUCAUCUACUGAUUUCACUCCUAAUGGAUUUUGAUCAUAUUGAGCUUAUAUCAGGUCUCCUGCAUGUGUGUGUGUGUAUGCGUGUGUGUGUGUAUGUAUGUGUGUAUAUAUAUAUAUAUAUAUAUAUACACACGUGUGUGUGUGUGUGUGUGUGUGUGUGUGUGUGUGUGUGAGUGUGUGUGUGUGAGUGUGUGUACAUAUAUACACCAAACACUGUCCAAAGCCACCACCAAUAUCAACCAAGAAAACAAGCGACUGUGUAGGACUGGGAUUGGGAAACUUUCUGAUCAGUAUGUGCUGUAGAAGUCUGAUUUCAGGACUGAUUUUUUCAUUUCUUUGUGAAUGUCUAAGAUUUUCUAAGUCCACUUGUGAUACCAAUGCUAUUCUUGUGUCAUCUGCUACUCAAUGUACUGUAAAUGUGUUGCUUUACUUCUGAACUGUAAACUAUGUAUGCAUAUCUGUGAAAAUGUCAGAUUAUAUUUGAAAAAAUACAUGAUUUAUGAUUUAAUUAAUGCUC